CGCCUUCCACGGUACGAAGGCGGCAGCGGAUCCCGUGGCGGCAGCGGGGGCAGCAGCAGCAGCAGCCGACCCCCCCAGGCGGAAUCCAACCCGAUCACGCAAUACGAGCUUGAGCAGAACGUGAAGCGGGCGAUGCUGGCGCUGACGCCGCGGCAGAGCGCGCUGGACGAGGGCGGGUACCUGGCGAAGUUCCUGCCGAGCCGGGUCGAGCUGGAGGAGGUCGACGCGAAGUGGGUCGAGUUCAAGAGUGAGUUCUGGGAUGCGUUCCGGUCGACGGAUCUGAGUGCCUCCGGCACCAAGGGGAUGCCGUCGAGGAGGGCGCUCGAGGCCAAGUAUAGAGUCGGCGGGAUCGGCGGGAUCAAGUUCGUGCUCCAGCAGGCUUUCGUGCAGCAUAUGGGAUACGCCCAGGCCCCCGCUAUGGUGCUGCGCCAGGGAAAUAUGGAGAUGGCUGCGGAUGUGAGGUUCCCUCAGGAGUGGUUUGCGGUCACCCGCCAAAUGCAUAGGACCUGGCAUCUCCACGUUGGACCGACGAACUCGGGAAAGACGUACCAUGCGCUUAAGCGGCUGGAGGAGGUCGGGAACGGCAUCUAUGCGGGCCCCUUGCGGUUACUCGCACAGGAGAUUUUCGAGAGGAUGAAUGCCAAAGGGAUCCCGUGCAACUUGGUCAUGGGAGACGAUGUCAGGACUGUGGACGAGAACGCCACUGUGCAGAGCAGCACCAUGGAGAUGGUGGACCUGAACAAGGAAGUCGACGUCUGUGUCAUUGACGAGAUCCAGAUGAUCGGUGAUUUGGAGCGAGGAUGGGCGUGGACCGAGGCGGUACUGGGUGUGAGAGCGAAGGAAGUCCACAUGUGCGGUGAGGAGCGAACGGUGGAAAUCAUCAAGAGGCUGGCGGCAAGUGUCGGCGACAAACUGACCAUCCACCGAUACAAGCGUCUUGGACCAUUAGAGGUGGAAGCUACCAGUCUGGACGGCGAUCUGAAGAAGAUCCAGAGGGGAGACUGUGUUGUCACAUUCUCCCGUCGAAACAUCUUCGCACUGAAGAGGAGUAUCGAGGAGCAGACGGGAAAGCACUGCGCUGUGGUGUAUGGAUCGUUACCUCCGGAGACACGAAGCACUCAGGCGAAGCUCUUCAAUGACGAGAACAAUGACUACGACGUCCUCGUGGCAUCCGAUGCCGUCGGAAUGGGAUUGAAUCUGAGCAUCAAGCGUGUGAUCUUCGAGGCAGUCGAGAAGUGGAACGGCACAGCAACCGUCGCCAUCCCGGUUCCAUCAAUCAAACAGAUCGCCGGCCGAGCCGGCCGCUACAAAGCGCCCAAGGUCGACGCUCACGUCAAGCCCGACGAAACCUCGAUCCCCCUACCACCCGUUUCACAGGUCGGGUAUGUAACGACGAUUGACCGGUCCGACCUGAAGGCGGUCCGUAAAGCCCUCUCCACCGAAGUCAAGCCCAUCAAAUCCGCCGGAAUCUUGCCUCGCUCCGAACACAUCGAACUCUUUGCCGCACAGUUCCCGUCAAAGAAGCCGUUCAGCGAAGUGCUCAAGCAGAUGAACGAGUACCUGCGGACCUCCGAGCUCUUCCAUCCCUGCAGCUUGCGGGAGAACAUUGAGAUCGCCGUGCUGUUCGACGACAUCGAGGGACUCACCGUUGCCGAUCGCAUGACCUUCAUCAUGGCGCCCAUCGGAAACGACGCAAAGACGAAGCUGGCCGUCAGGAACAUGGCCAACUGCGUAGCCCACAACACGGACGGCAGUAUCCUCCGCAUCAGCGCCAUCGACCUCGAAGCGCUCGAUAUGAUCCCAACGACCAUCUUCGACCUGCAGCGACUGGAGGCUCUCCACAAGGCGCUGAUCGUCUACCUCUGGCUCUCCUACCGUUUCCCCGCCACCUUCACGCCGCGCGAAACCGCACAAGAGCUCAAGUUCCUGUGCGAGACACAAAUCGAGAAGUGUCUGAAGGCGGUGCGCUUUACACGGAAGAAGGCGACUCGCGGCAGCCGCAUGGCCAACAACAUUGCCGAGUCGCUGGACCCCGACGCAAUGGUCAACCUUGCGGAGGAGAAGAACGAGCCCGACGAGAAACUCGCCGAGAACGUCCAGGUCAAGCAUGAAGACCUCCCCGCGCUCGAGGAGCUGCGCGUCGAGGAGGAUGAUCGCGAUUUCUACGCUGUUACCGGGAUGUGUCUCAACUGCGGAAGGAAGGGGCAUGCUGCCGCGGAGUGUCCUGAGUCGAAGAGGGUGGACUUGCUGGAGCAGGAGCAGGAGGCGCCGAAGGGUCAUGAGGACCGUGUGUAAAUGUGGCAGGUGCGAUGUAAGAGUACGAUGAUAUAGGUAUGAUGGUUCGAUUGUAAGUUAUGGUUGGCUGGUUUGCUGGAAUGUAUUCAUAGAUGGUGGGCCGGUGGGCCGGUUGGGUGUUGGGUCUCAAAAGCAUUGUGGGUUUUUUCUCGGACACUGG